UAUAGUCGAUAUUCUGUUGUUUUGAUAGUUCAUUUAAGACUUAUUAUUAUUUGAAACUAUAGUAUAAAUAAAGGAUUGCCGUUGUGGGAGGGAGUUGUAUGGUAUAAAAGGGCUUGGCCAAUAAUGGGUGACUCCUUUUUUUACAUGUUUUGUGCCAUUCAGCGCCCAGCCAUGCGCCUGAAAAGCGUUCUCAUCUCCCUCGUUCUAGCGUACAACGAUUGUCUCGGAGAAUUCAGUUACACGGCGAGAAAAUGUUGCCCGCAGGACCACUCGUUGAACGCCGGACUCGAGUGCGUGCCUUCGACCCACCACUGGCACUACCUGAACGUAACGACCACCGGACUUCCGAAUUGCAGAUUCACCGUCGAAUUCGCGGAAGAAGGCGUUUCUGCUUACUGUUUCGACAAUUCUUUCGAGACGGCUUCUUAUUUGAUGGUGAAGUCGAAGUGCGAAGGGUCGAGUAGUACGGGUCCGGGACGCCGAGUCCCUCCGAUGAACUACGUCCGGAAAUGCUGCCAGUUCAACAGGUCUUACGACACCUCCUGGCAGUCCUGUUGGGGGCCGGAAUCCCGCGACACGGGCAGGCCUAGUGCUUUCUUCAAUAUUUUAAUGUCCAGGUCGAGUGGAGGAGUGGAUGUUAAUUACGGGAUGGAGAUGUGCGACGAGAAACAGGUUCUUGUCGAUUUCGUACUGCAUUACACGCAAGUAUUGCGUGAUGAGAGCGAGGCCAUCGUCUUGAGCGUUCCAGGCCGACCUGAGAUGAGGUUCAACCCGGAUGAUGUCUGCCUGGAUUUGACAGAGUCUUCAGACACUGUCGUGAUCCGGGCUUGCUUAACGGCUGAAGGAGUCUGUUCUCCAAAAGGCGAUCGCCCUUGCGUCAAGAAAUGCUGCCCGGAUGGCUACAGCGUCGUCGAAGGAAACUGCGCCAAAACAAAUGUUGCACUUCCGAAACUAGAAUUUUUCCAUCGCCCCGACAACGUGGUAUCUUCCCUCCGCGAGCCCGGCUUUAGCUUCGGAAGUCUGUGCGGUUUUAACAGUUCUGUUUUGCAAGGAGAAAAUUUGUCUCUUAACUUACACGGUGUGCUUACAGACGGGAGGCACUUUUAUCGCGAUUUCUGCGUCGAUCACUCAGUAAAAGUCAGCCCAUAUGCAUAUUACAUGACAUGUCUUGACGUGACGACAUUUCAUGACUCUGCCUGUAUGAUAACAUGCCCUACCAUAGUUUUUUCGACGUCGAUCACUUCUUGUGUUUUACUCUUCCUUUCACCUAUUUGUUGGAUUUACAUUCCUUACGAUUUUGCGAGGAAUCAAAAUGAAAGCGGAGGAGUAUCACAAUUUCAGCAAAAUAUUAGGUAA